CGUCGUCAAGCUUACUAGCCUCCGAUCCUGCUGCCUGCGAGAAGUGUUGCUUUGCUUGAUCCGGCCGGCGGCGACGUACGACGACGACGAGAGAGCUGAGCGAGCGAGGAUGUCGAGCCGGAGGUCGUCGCGUGGCAACAUCUCCGAGGACGAGAUCAACGAGCUCAUCUCCAAGCUCCAGGCCCUGCUCCCCAGCUCCCGCCGCCGCGGCUCCGGCCAGGCGUCGACGACGAAGCUGCUCAAGGAGACCUGCAGCUACAUCAAGAGCCUCCACCGGGAGGUGGACGACCUGAGCGACCGGCUCUCGGACCUCAUGGCCACCAUGGACAGCAACAGCCCCGGCGCGGAGAUCAUCCGCAGCAUUCUCCGCUCCUGAUCGCGCCUUCGUGCGCCGCGGGUAGCGCCGGCCUGCUCGCCGGCCGGCCGCGAGGGGAGGUCAACGGCGACUACUACGACGGCCGCGCGCGGCCAUUCUCCGGCCGGCCACGUGCGGGCUCAAUUAGCUAGCUUGGGUAUAUAUAAAAUAUAUAUAUAUCUACAAAUAUGUGUAUCUUUCUCUUCUUCCUUUCACUACCUGUCGAUCUCCCUAGAUCUGAGAUCAUGUGGCUAGCCCCAUACCAAAAUGUACUAGCUGCACGCACGCGUAUGCUGAUCUCCCUGCUAAGCUUCACCGGGUAGCUAGGACACUAGCGCCAGGGCCUAAGCAAGCUAAGCUUUAUCCACGCACCCCCUCCUCUCACUUUAGCUCGCCGACCCCCCUCUCCCCCUCUCCAUGGCGCUCCAUGUGAUCUCUCAGUCCUCCGCGCUAGCUAGCUCUUCUUUUGAUGCCCCGCUUGUAUCGUUAUCCCUGUAAAUUUAGUCGGUGGCUUGGAUCGAGUUGGCUAGCUCUCUUCAGACAACCGACCGACCACUACUACCUAGAGCAAAUUGAUUAUCAUCAUCAUGGUGUACUGCCCAGCUUUUAACCACUUUAAUUACUUGCGACGUACGAGAAAGUACUUCAAUAU